UAAAAUGUAUUUUUAAACCUCAUCUCAUCAAAUGUAAGCAUGGGAGCCUUUUAAGUUGCAACCAUCCUUAAUUAAUUCACAACAAGAAAUUAAACUUAUCCGCUACUAUAAGUACUUAGAGACAAGUAUUCAAUCUUUAUAUAUUCAUUCACAAGUUAAUUAGAGUCUCUACAUCCUACUAACACGGUGCACAGUAUAUAAUCGAUGGACAACUUAGAAGAUGUAACACAGCCAGUAAGUCCAAGUGGACAGUACUUCAACACACCACCCUUAUGUGCAUAUGUUUUUGGAUUUUUGGAAUCAGAAAUUCCAAUUGAUGACUCUCAAACUAUGUAUUUGUUCCAACAUGUCUUCUUACCUAUCAAUCCACGUUUCUCCUCCAUAAUGGUGAAAGACAAAGAUGAGAAAAUGAAAUGGAAAAAAGUAGAGGUGGAUCCUAAGGAUCAUAUAAAGGUUCCAAUAUUCCCCCAAAAUGAAUCAAAUGAACUCUAUGAUCAAUAUUUUGAUGAUUAUGUGUCAAAGAUAUUAAUGGAAAGGACACCACAAGACAAACCCCUUUGGGAAAUUCAUUUGAUUAAAUAUCCAACAACCAAUGCUGAAGGCACUUUAAUAUUCAAACUUCAUCAUGCACUUGGUGAUGGUUACUCUUUAAUGGGUGCUCUUCUUUCUUGUCUUCAAAGAGCUGAUGACCCUUCUCUCCCUUUGUCUUUUCCUAACCGUAAAUCAUCACAAUUGUUACCUUCUAAGAAAAGUUUUUUGAUGAAGUUUCCUUCAACCAUAUUGUCCUUUUUCAAUUCUUUCUCUGAUUUUGGUUGGAGUGUAAUCAAAAGUUCAAUAAUUAAAGAUGAUAAAACACCUAUAUGGAAUAGUGAGGAAGGUCUAGAGUUUCAACCUUCUGUACUAUCAAACCUAUCUUUCUCUCUUGAUGAAAUCAAAACUAUCAAGUCUAAGCUUGGAGUGACGAUAAAUGAUGUGAUUACUGGGAUAAUUUUCUAUGGGAUUAGGUUAUACAUGCAAGAGAUUGAUAAUAAGACAAGAACAUCAAAUUCUACGGGAUUGGUGUUGCUUAGUACUAGAAAUAUUGGAAAUUACCAAUCAAUUCAAGAUAUGACGAAGCCAAAUUCAAAAUCUCCAUGGGGGAAUCAUAUUUCUUUCUUGCAUGUAUCUAUCCCCAAAUUAAGCACGGCCGGUCUAUCUAACCCCUUAGAAUUUGUUUGGGAAGCACAAAAGAUAAUAAAGAGAAAGAGAAAUACUUUCACUGUUUAUCUUAUUGAAUGGCUUUUGGAUAUGGAGUUAAAAUUAAGAGGACACGAGGCGGUUGCUAAACAUAUCUAUGGUACAUUGAGAAAUUCAAGUGUCGUCAUAUCUAACUUGAUUGGCCCUGUGGAGCCUAUGGCUUUGGCAAACCAUCCGGUGAAAGGCUUGUAUUUUACGAUGACCGGUGGACCUGAGAGUAUAAAUAUUGCAGUUAUGAGCUAUACAAAAACAUUAAGAAUUACUUUGAAAACACAUAAAGGCUUUAUUGAUGAACAGAAGUUCAAGUUGUGCAUGGUAAGGGCUUUUGAGGACAUAUCCAAGGUAGCAAUGGAGAUUCCCAGCAAAACAAAGAUUAAUUAAACUUAUGUAUGAAGAAAGAGAGAGUCAAGUGAUAGUUUCAAGGUAGCAAUGGUAAGAGCUUUUGAGGACAUAUCCAAGGUAGCAAUGGAGCUUUUAGGUUUAAUGUUUAAUGUUUUAUAUUUUAUAUUUUUUUUGUCAGGAUUGUAAUAUUUUGUAUUAUUAUUUGUAUUAGUAACAUUAAAUUUAUAUCUUA